UCGUCUUCAUCUUAAUGAUGCGAGAUUUUAGCGUUCUUCUGGCAGUUGUGGCUCUGGGGGUGCUUUCAAUGAUCGACAUGGGUUCUGCACAGCUGGAACCGUACGCCAACGGAACGUGCGACCACAGAAGACCGGCGGGAACAAACGUCACCCGUAGGAAUCUGACUGAUCUGAUGAAAGACGAAGAUGAAGUUCAGCGUCUUCGCGAUGCUUUCGCAAAACUGAUGGCACUGGACAAGACAAACCCAGAGAAGAACUGCACGUACUUCAAUGUGGCCAAACAUCACGGAUGGUUCACAGCCACGUGUCAGCACGAAACGACCACGUGUUUCCAACACGGAUUUCUUCAGUGGCAUCGUCUCUAUAUGUACGAAAUGGAACAGGCUUUGCGUACCGUCGAUUCAAACAUAUCUCUGCCGUAUUGGGACUUCACUUCGAUUUACUCGCCUAAACCCACAACUCCCGUUCAAGACCUCCUUCCUUCUAUUGUUAAAGAAAAGUUUUAUUUCAACAAGAAGACAAACAAAACGGAAUACAACCCUCUCUACUCGUACAGAAUUCCUUCUAUUGAGGGAGCGAAUGAGAGUCCUCCAAGCCCGGGGGCCAACACUACCCGCAAUCAGGACGUCGAGGGUUACACCCCGCUACAGACAGUUCGUGACGGUAUCUGCGACGCAUUCAGACAACAUCAAUUUGACCAAUUCUCAUUACACUUCGAGUGUCCUCAUAACCUAAUGCACGUCUUCAUAGGAGGGUUUGCCGACGUCUACACGACAUCUUCUCAGACUUGGACCGCAUUUGAUCCUCUCUUCUGGUUCUAUCACGCUAAUAUUGACCGAAUCUGGGCUGGAUGGGAACUAACCAAUAAUGACACCAGUUCGUUUCUUCCAAAAGAUCAUAGGUCUUAUCCAUUUAUAGAUUGGACAUUUGAAGAAGUGAGUGACUACAAGAAAACCAUGUAUUACAACUAUGAUCACCCAUUCAAGGUGACAGACUUCCACUGUGACGCUCCGCAUGCAGGUGAGAAAGCGUUAGUUGCUCAGUUCACAAAACUUCCCAUUUCCGAAAACAAACCGUACAUGGUUCGUCUGAUUGUCGAUCCGCAUCGCCUGACCGGGAACGCGAGUGCAAAUACGAUACUGACAAACAACCACAUUGUCGGUGAGAUCGGUAUGUGGGGCACAAUGAAGGUUGCAUGCCAAUCACCAAACUGCACAAGUUGGUGCAGAAAACUUCUAAAACUCCCUCAAAUGCAAAUGAACUUGGGAGAUUUUGAUGACUUUUAUUCUCAACCAUUUGAUGUGUCCGAUGCCCUGUUUCUCGACGUCUACGGUAAAGGUCAGGAUCCUAUCGAUCUCUCUGCUGGAAUUGCUGCAAAUGACCUUCGCAAUGUGAUCAACGACAGACAGAAUCUCUGCUCAACACGAAAUAAAAGGGAUUGCGAGGACGCCUGCCUCCCUUCAGUCCCUAACCCUCAAAUUUCCUACGGAACGGUACUCUCCAAGGAAGACUACCUAAAUCUUGUUCAAGUCAGUGAUGACCAGAAGGCAGUGUUCAUAAAAUGGCAUCCCAUUUCACCACUUCAAGCUGAAUAUCCUCCUGUUAACGUCGCAGCUGGAGCAACUUUGAUAUUUCACUACGAUAUAGCCGAUCACUCUGUUGCUCAAGUGUUUGAGUAUGAGUUCAAACAAUGCGCUCCCUUCUUCCAGCCGCACUGUAUUCCUAAGCCCGGAGUUACAGGAGAAUUCAACUGCACCAUACAACUGCCGCAGACGACAAACACCACGUUCUUUUUCCUCUGCACACAGAGUGACCACUGCCAAACACGAGGCAUGCGUAUACGUGUAAAGGUCGGAAACGGAGAGAAUGUGCCUUGCAAAACCCCUCCGGCUUCAGAGUGUGCCGAUCGUCCGUGUCCUGCUAACACCCUAUGUCGUCUCGAACACGGUACCAUCAUCUACAACUGCGUCAAAGGCUACAAGCUGAGAGGGUUUACAACAAGCAUAUGCCAAAAGGACGGCCUGUGGACUUCCCCUCCUCCGGCCUGCGUGCUCGAAGCCGACUGUACCGGACGUGCCUGCCCGGACCACGCCACCUGUACUCCAGCAGACGCCGUCACACAUUCCAGUGGUACAGCUGUUGCAUACAAAUGCGACGACGGCUAUACACUUGACGGCGCGAGCGAAUCUCACUGCUUGGAUGGAGUGUGGACGACUGAAGUCCCAAAAUGCCAUUGCGCUUGAAGAUUUGUCUCAGGAUACAAACUGAAAAGCUAGAAAUGUCUGUACUGUCUCAUAGUGACUCUCAAGUUUUAGUCGCAGUAGUGAGAUGACUGUUAGAUCUCAUUAUAUCUCUUUGCUGGCUGCUUUGUCUCGCCCAAAGAUGGCGGACUUUCUGUUGCUCUUAGUUAGGCUAUCUGUUAUAUGGUCUGUUAAUCGCUGAAGACCUAGAGUAGUGACAUGAUUUGUGGCUGCAAGUUUGUCGAAUGAUGCUGUAGGACAAACUAAUUCUUGCAAUUAAUAAG